CGAGGGUGGUUGGGGUUUAAUGUAAUUUUAGGUAAGAAGAAGCUAAAAACGUAAAAUAAAACCCUAACGUCCCUCAUAUCUCCUCCUCCUUGUUUAAACCCUACAAACUGCCCACUCCGGCGACAGCUUCUGACUCCACCGCCGACCGUUUCAGCUAGUUUUUGAAGGUGCAAGUUUCUGUGAAGAUGGAUAUCGAUGAAGAUACGUCGAAAAAGGUGCAAGUGAAGUUUGUCACGAAGCUUAAACCGCCGUACAAAGCUCCUGAAAUCUCCAUUGCUCUUCCUUCUAAUCUCACCAGGAUGGGUCUAUCUGCUGUCGUUAAUAAUCUUCUUGAAUCAGGAAAUGAUGACUGGACACAUGAACCGUUUGAUUUUCUUAUUGGUGGUGAGUUUGUGAGGAUGUCACUCGAAGACUUUCUUAAGGCCAAGGGUAUCACAGUGGAGAUAACUCUAGAAAUUGAAUACAUAAGAGCUGUAGCUCCACGCAAGGAAGAAGAUCCUUCAUUACAUGAUGAUUGGGUCAGUGCAGUUGAUGGUUCAAGUCGCUUUAUUUUGACUGGUUGCUACGACGGGUUAGGAAGGAUAUGGGAAUCUGCUGGGGUUUGUACGCAUGUUUUGGAGGGACACAAUGAUGCAGUUACAUCAGUUGGUAUUGUGAAAACAAUAGAAGAUGAGGACAACACUGUUGUUGCCACUGGUUCAAAAGACAAGACUGUGAAACUCUGGAAGGUUUACGCAGAGCCACGUGCAGAGAACCUAAAGAUUGCAGCUUAUAGAACUCUUCGUGGACAUACUGCUUCUGUGCAAAGCGUUGCAGCACAGCCUACUGCGAAUAUGGUGUGUUCUGGUUCUUGGGAUUGUAGAAUCAACUUGUGGCAGACAGAGUCUAAUGAAGGAGAAGAUACUGUGUCAACGAAGAAAAGGAAGAAAGGCAGCAAGGAAGAAGAGACUCAAUCAGAGGGAGAAGCGGUAUCUACGCUUGUAGGGCAUACGCAAUGCGUAUCUUCAGUUGUUUGGCCCGAACACGGAACCAUUUAUUCUGGAUCGUGGGAUCACUCCAUUAGAAGAUGGGAUGUGGAGACAGGAAAAGACACACUAAACAUGUUUUGUGGGAAAGUGAUUAACUGCAUAGAUGUUGGUGGUGAAAGCUCUGCGCUCAUUGCUGCUGGUGGUUCUGAUCCUAUUCUUAGGAUUUGGGAUCCUCGAAAACCUGGAACGCUGGCUCCGAGCUUCCAGUUCUCAUCCCACACGUCUUGGAUAACAGCAUGCAAGUGGCAUAGCAGGUCAUGGUUUCAUUUGCUUUCUUCAUCUUACGAUGGGAAAGUCAUGUUAUGGGACUUGAGAACUGCGUGGCCAUUGGCGAUAAUUGAUUCACAUGAGGAUAAGGUACUAUGUGCUGAUUGGUGGAACGGAGAUAGCGUGGUAAGUGGAGGAGCGGAUUCGAAGCUGCGAAUUUCUUCUGAAGUUUGUAUCUCAUGACUGUGAAGAAAGAUGAGUGCUGGUUACUAAAAGUUACAUAGAUGAAAUGAGGGUCUUCGUCUUGGUCGAUGUAUUUGCAGGUUUUAAAGGGAAGUUCUAAUGCAAAAUCUAUUUAUUGGAUUAUGUUUUCUGUUAUACAAGUAUUUUUGAAUGUUAGACAUGCGAUGAAUGAUUUUUCCGUUUUUAUAGACAUCAUUUGUAUCAACACAAAACCUUAUAUUAAUUGAAUUUUGUUUAUCGGAGCAUGCUUUAAAUGUAA